AUGUCGUUCCACGGUGGUAGUGGCAGUGUAGGGUCUGUGCUUCAAAAGAAAGCCCAAGACCAUGCAUCUGGUGAUGGAAAAUGUUGCCAAGGGAAAGAACCAGAAAGUAAAGAUCAUCCUAUAUUCAAUGCAGUCAAGUCUGGAAUGUUGGUACCAGUGCAAACAAUCCAUGAAGAUGUGCCCGACGUUUUCCGUAUACGUGAUGACAAAGGCCACACACCUGCCCACUGGGCGUGUCUGGGUGGCCAUUCCACAGUGCUUCGUUACAUGAUUGAGAGCAAGGCAAAUGUCAACGAUCCAAGUGACAAUGACCUGGGUGCUAGGCCUAUACAUUGGGCAUGUGUGAACGGACAUAUUGCUAUAGUGGACAUCCUGUUACAGUCUGGGGUAUCAUAUGAUGUAGCUGAUAACAAGGGCUGCACACCCCUCAUAGUAGCUGCUCAGUAUGGUCACACAAUGAUGGCUGGCUACCUGAUGGGUAAAGGUGCUCGUCUGCAGAUCUGUGACAAAGACGGUGACAAUGCACUUCAUUGGGCGGCUUUUAAGGGUCACUCAGAACUGAUGCGUCUGCUGAUAUACUCAGGUUUCAAUCCACGCCAACAAGAUGUUUAUGGUCAGACACCCCUUCACCUGGCGUGUAUAAGUGGAAAUCUUACAUCUGUACAGGAACUGUGUGAACAGGACGGUGUUGAGAUUGACAUAGCAGAUAAAAAUGGGAAGACUCCAAUAUCUCUAGCUACAGGACGAAAACAUGAUGCUGUAGUAGAUUACCUCAAACGCCAAAUUAAACAGAAGAAAAGUUUAUUACCUAAAAUCGAUUUGUUAACUAUUGCCUUUGGUCCCCCUGGAAACAGCAAAGGAGCUAUCUUAUUUUUCAUGGUUAAUGUUCUGUGUUGGGGUUACCCUAUGUAUGUUAUCAAGUGUUUACCAUAUACCUGGUAUGAUCUGCAGAUACUUCACAUCAUCUUCUUCAUUUUUAACAUCCUCAUGUGGUUUUGCUUGUUCCACGCCAGUACCACAGAUCCAGGCUUCCUACCAAGAAACAUACCAGAAUAUGAUAUGGCAAUAAAACAGGUCGCUCAUUUUGACGAGUGGAAGCAAGGAGAGAAUCCCCUCAGUCGCCUCUGUCAUACAUGUCGUACAGUGAAGCCCUUACGUUCCAAGCAUUGUCGUAUAUGUAACCGGUGUGUGAUCAUGUUCGACCACCACUGUCCUUAUAUAUACAACUGUGUAGGAUACAAGAAUAGAGUAUCGUUUAUAGGAUAUGUACUUAAUGUGACUAUGUGUGGCACAAUGAGCAUAUUCUUCUCCUGGUACUAUAUGCAAUACUAUGAGGAAUGGAACGCACUCUACGUGUUUUACUUCGGAGUCAUGCUGUUAUUUGAAAGCAUUGGGGUAUGGGUCGGUUCCUUCACGCUGUUCAAUGCCGCACAAAACAUCACAACAAAUGAGAGAUUGAGAUAUCGACGCUAUAAACACAUGCAAGAUAAAGAUGGAAAUCUGGCCUUUCCCUUUGACCAUGGCCUGUUACCUAAUAUACUGGAUUACUUCCAUAUAAAACACAUCCCAUCAGAAUCCAUUGAUGAUUACAUCAAAAUCCGAUCUCUGUAA